GCAGUGGCAGCGGCUGCAGGAAUUGGGCAAAGACCACAUAGUGUCAGCCUGGCCCGGGACCGGAACAAGUAAGCCCGCCCCGGGUAAAUACCCGCCUCCGGCCCCGCCCCCUCGUUGGGGGCGGGUAAAUACCCUCCCCUCCCCCACUUGGGUAAAUCCCCCCUCUCUCUCUCUCUCUCUCUCGGGGAGGAGGCGUCGGGGGGGUUGGGGGUGGAAGUCUGUACUGGAAAGAUGCUGCUCCGCCGCCGCCGCCCACCUGGGUCCGGCCUGGGGUGGGUGAACCCCCGGCAGAACCGUGCUCCCGGCAAGCCAGGUGUAGGUCCCACCCCCACUAUGGGGGACAUGAAGACCCCAGACUUUGAUGACCUCCUUGCUGCCUUUGACAUCCCUGAUAUUGAUGCUAAUGAGGCCAUACAUUCAGGGCCUGAGGAAAGUGAGGGGCCUGGGGCCCAAGGGAAGGCAGAACCCAAUGGUGGGGGAUCUUCCAGGGAAGGACCAGGGGCUGCUGGAGACGGGCCGGCGGCUCUGGCCCAGCCCUCUGAUCAUAGCCUUCCCCAUCCAGACAUCUCUGCUGUCAGCGUUAUUGUCAAAAACACUGUAUGCCCGGAACAGCCUGAUUCUGUGGGUGGUGGUCCAGGUGGGGACGGAGCGCGAGGAGGGCCGGGGCCUAAGGAAGGGCCCAUGGGACCCCGACAACUACAGAAUGGUUUUGGGGGCCCUGAGCCAUCCCCCUCAGGAGCUGUUCGCUCCCCAGUUCCUCCCAAAGGAGAGAGUUGGAAAGACAAAACAGGGGAAGGGAAGCCUUCCUUGGACCUCUUUGCACAUUUUGGGCCCGAGUCCCAGGCCCCGGGCCCCUUGCCUCCUUCUGCUCCGUCAUCCCAUGAGGGGACCCUGACUUCUCCCUCUUUCUCUACCCCUUUUGAAUUGAGCCAGGAAAAUGGUCCUUCUCUGCUGCCACCUGAUUCUUCCCGACCCUCAGGAACCACAGAGCCAGGCAGUGACAGCCCCCUUCGUCCUUCUGGCUCGGGCAGGUCUGGUGUGGCCUCCAGCCCCAAAGAGGUGGGCGUCCUUCCUGCCCAGGGGGGUGGGACCCCUUUUUUUAAGUCAUUGCCAGCCUCAGGAAACCCUCCUAGCUCCCCAAAGCCACUGGUUACCGGUCCGCCGAGGGAUGAAGACGAAGAAGAUGAGGGAACGGCCGACAAAUCUGCCCCCGAUACCCCUCAGAGCCCUUCAAGCGGAGCUGAGGCAGCCGAUGAGGACAGCAAUGACUCCCCAGCCUCUUCCAGCUCCUCCCGACCUCUCAAAGUUCGUAUUAAAACUAUUAAAACCUCCUGUGGGAAUAUUACCAGAACAGUGACACGUGUGCCCUCAGACCCCGAACCCCCUCCUGCCGCUGUCCCCCCGACCGAAGGGACCCUUCCAGCGGAGGCUGGCCCCCCAAAGGCACCCCCAGUGACCUCGACCCUCGAAAGCCCCAAGGUGGUGAGCGUCCAGCUAGGGGAUGGCACCAAGCUGAAGGGCACAGUGCUUCCAGUAGCUACCAUCCAGAAUGCCAGCACCGCCAUGCUGAUGGCAGCGAACGUGGCCCGGAAGGCUGUGGUUCUGCCUGCUUCGGCCGCCCCCAAGGGCGUGGCCAAAAAUGUCCUUGGCUUGGCACCCCAGACUCUGCCCAAAUCUGAGGGGAAGGGGGCACUGGGGGGCGGGGGUCAGAAAGUCAACGGUGCCUCCGUGGUGAUGGUGCAGCCCUCGCGGCCUACGGGCGCCGGGGGCACGGUGAUCUCUCGGACCCAGUCUGGGCUGGUGGAGGCUUUCAAUAAGGUCCUCAACAGCAAGAACCUACUGCCAGCUUACCGCCCCAACCUGUGCCCGCCGGCGGAGGCGGGGCUGGCCCUGCCCCCUUCUGGCUACCGCUGCCUGGAGUGCGGGGAUGCCUUCUCCUUGGAGAAGAGCCUGGCCAGACACUAUGACCGCCGCAGCAUGCGCAUCGAGGUCACCUGCAACCACUGUGCCCGCCGGCUCGUCUUCUUCAACAAAUGCAGCCUCCUCCUGCACGCCCGUGAGCACAAGGACAGGGGCCUGGUCAUGCAGUGCUCUCACCUCGUCAUGCGGCCCGUGGCCCUGGACCAGAUGGUCGGGCAGCCAGACAUCACACCUCUGGUGCCCGUGGCCGUGCCUCCCCCGGCGCCCCCCCCGCCCGCCACUCCAGGCAAGGGGGAAGGGGCGGCCGACUCCCCGGGGUUGCCCCCGCCAUCUGCAGAGGUGCCACCAACCUCUGCUCCCACCUUGACUUACACGUGCUUUCGAUGCCUCGAGUGUAAGGAGCAGUGUCGGGACAAGGCCGGGAUGGCCACUCACUUCCAGCAGGUCGGACCCCCUGCUCCUGGGGUCGCCAGCAACGUGUGUUCAACUUGCCCCAUGAUGCUUCCCAAUCGCUGUAGCUUGAGUGCCCACCAGCGCAUGCACAAGAGCCGCCCCCCUCACGUCUGCCCUGAGUGCGGGGGGAACUUCUUGCUGGCCAAUUUCCAAACCCACCUUUGGGAAACCUGUCUCCAUUUCUCCCGGCGUGUCGGAUACAGGUGCCCCAGCUGUUCAGUGGUGUUUGGUGGGGUCAACUCCAUCAAGUCCCACAUCCAGACGUCCCACUGCGAAGUUUUCCACAAGUGCCCCAUUUGUCCCAUGGCUUUCAAGUCCGCGCCCAGCGCUCACGCACACCUCCUCACCCAGCACCCAGGCUUCAAUGCCCAGGAAGCCAAGCUGAUCUACAAGUGCGCCAUGUGUGACACGGUCUUCACCCACAAGCCUCUGCUCUCCUCACACUUUGACCAGCACCUGCUGCCCCAGCGCGUCAGUGUCUUCAAGUGCCCGUCCUGCCCUUUACUUUUUGCUCAGAAGAGGACCAUGCUGGAGCAUCUCAAGAACAGUCAUCAGGCUGGGCGGCUGGGAGAGGAAGCUGGGGGGAAAGGGACAGGGGGUACCCUGCUUACCCCUAAGCCUGAACCUGAGGAAUUGGCUCUGUCUCGGGGUAGGGCAGGCCCUCCCACAGAGGAGUCAUCUUCCUCUUCAGAAGAAGAGGAACCCCCUAGUUCCCCUGAGCUCCCCCGACCAGCUAAGAGGUCCCGACGUGAACCACGGGGGAACAGGGGCAGCAGGGGACGGGGUGGGGGGCUUGGGGGCUGGACCUGCGGCCUCUGCCACUCGUGGUUUCCUGAACAAGAUGAGUAUGUGGCCCACAUGAAGAAGGAACACGGCAAGUCGGUGAAAAAGUUUCCCUGCAGACUUUGUGAACGCUCCUUUUGCUCUGCCCCCAGCCUGAGGCGCCACGUCAGGGUCAACCAUGAGGGCAUCAAGCGUGUCUACCCCUGCAGGUACUGCACAGAGGGCAAACGCACUUUCAGCAGCCGGCUGAUCUUGGAGAAGCACGUCCAGGUCCGGCACAGGCUGCGGCUGGGUGCCCAGUCCCCGAGUCUGGCGGGGACACUUGCGCGCAGUGGUGCUCAGGCUUCUGGGCCCAAGCGCCGCCCGUCCUCGGACUCCUGCAGCGAGGAGCCAGACAGCACCACUCCACCAGCCAAACCCCUGCGCGCCGGGCCUGGCAGUGGUGGCCGGCCACCCCUGCGCUACCGGACCACAAGCGGGGCCGAGCAGGGCCACCCGGGAGGGCUUCGCGGCGAUGACGGGGCCUCUCAGUGUCGGGACUGUGGCCUCUGCUUUGCCUCACCUGGCUCCCUCAGCAGACACCGGUUCAUCAGCCACAAGAAGAGGCGCUGUGGGGGGCUUGCUGGUGGGGGAGCGGGGGCUGUGGAGGAAGUGCCUCCCCAGUCGGGGCCUGAGCCUGAAGGAGGGGACUCGCCUUCGCCGGCUUCUGGGGGACCCCUGGUCUGCAAGGUCUGCGGCAAAGGCUUUGACAGCCCACUUAACCUCAAGACACAUUUUCGAACCCAUGGCAUGGCUUUCAUCCGUGCCCGCCAGGGCGGUAAUGGGGACAGCUAAGUCACCCCCCCCACCUUGGAAGCAGGGGGGAGGGGCCCUGGAGCUCUAGAGGAGGUAAAACGAACCCCCACUGCUGCUGUCUCCUCAUGCCCGGACUAGGAAGGGCAUCCCCUCCCCCCUCUCAUCUCCCAUGCCCCAUAUUGGGUUUGGCACCUGGGUCCUAGAGAGGACCUUCCUUGUCCCAUUUCCUGACCUAACACUAAUCCUCAGCUCCCCCCCUCUUCAGGCCUUUAGUGUGUAGGUGGGGGGGGGUGGGGGUUAGAAACCUGUCUCUACUUUGGUUUUGGAGGCGCCCCCAACUGAUCCUCCCUCCCCUUCUUGGUCCUCUCAACCUUAGGCACCAGGAGAGGUGACCUCCCCCUCCUUGGGCCUGCCCCCAGCCUCCCGGCUCCAGGCCCAGCCCCUACAGUGCCUUUCACUUCUCUUUGUUCAGAAACUCUUCGGGAGGUUGGUGGGGACCAGGGAGGGCAGAAGGGGUGGGUACUCAGGAAUCUUUAUUCUUGUAGUAAUAAGAAUAAUUAAUAUUAACAUUGAGAGGGGAGGGGAGCACUGGGCCCAUUAAAACUGCUAGUGGUUUAA